AUGCACGAGGACCUGAAUGCCUUCCCUGCGGCGUACUUCUAUGGUGGUCGCGUGCGUACAGACCCCGGCAUCUUGGCUCGGGCUCCUGGACGCUUGGCGCAUCCUGGACGGCCCUCCAAGCCGGAAGCCUUGCUCUUUUGGUCCUCGCCUUCGGCACCGGAGCAGCUGAUCUCGCAAGUGCGGACGGCCUCCAGCAGUGCGAAGAGUCGCUUCAAUCCGGCAGAGGCAGUACGUGCCGCUGAGUUGGCCAAGGCCUUGGCUGCGAAGGUGGGCGGCCAGCGCGUGACUUGGAGCGAAGGGGUGUUGCGCUUUCUUUCUGGAGAAGGUUGCAAUCCUCACCUGGUACAACGCCCAAGCCGCUUGGGGCCUGUGCAUGCUGGGCAUGUUCAGCAGCUCAAUGAAAUUCUCGAAGGCACUGGAGUGACCUGUCACGGAAAAGUCUACGUCGGCGGCGUCGUGAGCUCGCAGGGCAACGAGCCGAGGGCUGAAGGGUUCCGCCAGCACAUCGCGAGUGCCGAGGAAUGGGACUAUGUGCUUCUGAGCACGGUGCGAAGCACGCCUGGCGGCCUGGGGGCCCUAGAGGACGAGCAUCUCUUGGACGUGGCACUCACGCGAGCUCGCCUAGGCAUGUGCGUGCUGGGCACCAGCGAAACCCUGCGGCGCAUCACCGCUUGGUCCUGCUUCCUGGACCAUUGCGAGGCCAAGCAGCUGGUCACUGGCUCGCAACCUGUGGUUCUUGGAGGCGAUCUGAGGCAUGGAGUGGGGGUGGAGUCCCCUACAAUCAUGGUCAAAGCAGCACAAAGCAUCCCUGGCACCCCAUCUGGAUGGAGGUCGGAUUCUUUUCGGUGCGCGUUUUUGGUGCUUGAAGCUGCAAAAAGGAUCAGUCAUGAGUCUGCAGUCACUGAUCGUAAAUAG